CUCUCAAGCAAACAUGGCGUCUCAUUUGGCCAACAUCUUUGGAACCGAGCAGGAUCGUGUCAACUGCUCUUUCUAUUAUAAGAUUGGAGCGUGCAGGCAUGGUGACCGCUGCUCCCGAAAACACAUCAAACCAGCGUUCUCGCAAACCAUCCUCUUGCCGAACGUGUACCACAACCCCGCGCACGACCCCGUCUGCAAGCUGACCGAGAAGGAACUGCAGGAGGGAUUCGACGCGGUGUAUGAGGAUCUCUACUGCGAGUUGGCGAAGUUUGGUCAUCUCUUGGAGCUACACGUAUGCGACAAUGUUGGAGAUCACCUCAUCGGCAACGUGUAUGCUCGAUAUGAGUGGGAGACAGAGGCGCAGGCUGCAGUUGAUAACCUGAAUGAUCGCUGGUAUGCAGGUCGUCCACUCUAUGCCGAGCUCUCUCCCGUCACCGACUUCCGCGAGGCAUGCUGCCGACAAAAUGAAAACGGCGAGUGCAACCGUGGCGGCUUCUGCAACUUUAUGCACCUGCGGCUCGCGUCGAAGGAGCUCGUGUCCUCGCUACGCGCCGGCCAGCGUCUCGAGCGGAGACUCCACCCGCCAAAGACCGAGGGCGGCGGAGGAUGGGAGCCGACGAAGCGCGAGGGCGCGCGCGCGCGUAGUGCGAGCCCGGCCAGACGGGGUCGGAACGAAGGUGAAGAUAGGUGGACUCGGAAAUGAGGUGGGACGCCCGAAGGAGACCCUGCUUGCUUGUUGAUCCAGACUGUUCUUCCCCGUG